AUUCGAGACCGUGCAUCUUGGCUGAUUUUGUGUUUUUGUUUAUCAAUGACUUUAUGACGGAAACAGCCGUGUUCCUCAGUAAAAAUAUAUUUAGCAAGUAUACUAAAAAGUAACAUGGAUAUACAAUUUCCAUUUCCAUUUAAACCCUACGAUAUACAAGAGAAGUUCAUGAGAGAACUUUAUUUAACUUUGGAACAACAGCAACUUGGAAUUUUUGAGAGCCCUACUGGCACGGGUAAAUCGCUAAGCAUCUGCUGUGGUACUCUCAAAUGGCUGAAGGACAGCAACCAGAAAAUAUGGGAUGAUCUAGAAAAUGAGGUUGCAAAGCUAAAAGCAGAAAUAUCGAAUAAUACAGCUUCAGAUGACUGGCUAACAGAAGAGUACGAAAAAAUAAAGAAGAAUCAAACAUUAGUCACACUACAGUUAAAACUAGACAACAUUAAAAAACGAAAAGACCUGUUCGAUCAAAUCAAAAUUAGGGUUGCUAAACAGAAGGCUAACUCAGCUAACAAGACUAUUGAAUUUUAUUUUAAUAAGAAAGACAAAAGAGAAAAGGGUGACAAUGAUAAAGAAAAUGUUGUGGAAGAAAAAGAGGAUACAGAAGAAGAUAGAGAUCUUAUUCUAGAAGAAUGUGAGGACAAAGAGGAUGGAGAUUCCGAGGGUGAAGAAAUUGUUGAAGAUCAUGAUGACGUUACAAAAAUAUACAUAAGUAGCAGAACACACAGUCAGCUAUCACAGUUCAUCGGUGAAAUCAAAAGGACAGUCUUUGCAGAAGAUACAAGAGUGGUCACCCUAGCUUCUAGACAACACUACUGUAUUAACUCUGAAGUUAAUAAGCUGAAAAAUGUUAAUCUUAUUAAUGAAAGAUGCUUAGAUAUGCAGAAAUCGAAAACGAAAUCAACCUCAGUAGGUGAGGAGGGCAAGGUACUAAAAAGGACUAAGACAAGAUCAUGCACAGCCUGUCCGUACUAUAAUCAGACAAACAUAACUCGUUUGAAGGAAAGAAUGCUGGUAGAUAUUCUGGAUAUGGAGGAUUUAGUCAAAUGUGGCAAAGAGUUGAAGGCCUGCCCUUAUUACGCUUCUAGAAUGGCAAUGGACGAUGCUGAGGUAGUCCUAAUAAGUCACGCAGGCAUAGUAAGUUCAGGUGCCCGUUCCGGCAUAUCUCUAAAACUACAGAACAACAUACUAAUACUAGAUGAGGCCCAUGGUUUAACAGCAGCUUUAGAGAACGCCCACUCAGCGCCCGUGACGUUCAAACAACUGAGCUCUGUGAAGACAUUCUUGCAGUUUUAUAUCAAUAAGUAUAGAGCGAGAUUGAGUAGUAAGAAUUUGUUGACGUUGAACCAGAUUAGUUUUGUGGUUGGGAAGCUAUUAGGCAUGAUAAAACCCAAACCAACUGAAAAGAAGCAAGACGAAACUACAAUAUUCACCCUUGAAGACUUUGUAAUAAAGGCUGAAAUUGAUCACAUGAACUUACGACCAUUAGUAGAAUUCUGCAGAAACACUAGAUUAGCUCCUAAACUCCACGGUUUCUCUAUGAGGUACAGUCAGCAAGCUCUUGAAGAGGAGAUGAAGAAAAGUACGGUCAGCAAAAAGAGUUCUUUUGAAAUGUUCAUGAGUAAUAUUGCUAAGAAAAAAGAUGGGGAGAAAGUUGAAGUUGUUGCUGAAGUGAAACAAAAUGUAGCACCAGUUCAAGUGCCAACAGAAACAUCAGCAGGCAGUGGGUUGUACGCGAUCCUAGAUUUCCUAGAAAUGCUCUGUGACCGCAGCGAGAACGGACGAGUGUUCGCACAUAGGGACAGUGGACUCAAGUAUCUGUUGUUGAACCCUGCUGAACAUUUUGCUGAUGUUGUGAAGGAAUGUCGAUCUGUGAUAGUAGCAGGUGGUACAAUGGAGCCUAUAUCAGAAUUUAAAGCAUUACUCACCACAAACUCACGCACAGAUGACAUAGUCAAUAUAGUGAGAUGUGAACAUGUAGUACCUUCAGAUAAUGUAUUAGGAGUUUGUCUAUCGAAGGGACCUACCAAUGUCAGUCUUAACUUUUCGUAUGAAAAUAGAAUGUCUAAUGAAUUGCUCAGCGAAAUAGGUCGGAUUCUUCGAAACAUCAGCAGCAUAGUACCGGGUGGCGUUGUAUGCUUCUUACCGUCGUAUUCCUACGAACAAACAGUCUAUGAUCAUCUCAAGAACAGUAAAGUUCUAGAAGCUAUUACUAAGAAGAAAUCCUUAUUCCGUGAACCGAAGUCCGCUUCUGAUGUUGAUCAAGUGUUAAAUAAAUUCGCAGCAGCAGUAAAAUGCAAAGAUGGAGAUCGCAAUGGUGCCUUAUUGCUGAGUGUUGUUGGUGGUAAGCUCAGUGAAGGACUGAAUUUCAGUGACGAUCUAGGACGAUGUGUAAUGGUAGUAGGCAUGCCGUACCCUAAUGUGAAAUCACCAGAACUGCAGGAAAAGAUGAGCUAUUUGAACAAAACCGCAGGCGGGGGCGCCGGCAGCAUUUAUUACGAAAACCUUUGUAUGAAAGCCGUCAAUCAAUGCAUUGGUAGGGCAGUAAGACAUGCAAAUGAUUAUGCCUGUGUUCUAUUAGUUGAUGAAAGAUACUCAAGACCUCAAACUAUGGCAGCAUUGCCUUCAUUUGUUCAGAAAUCGCUGAUAUCAAAUUGCAAUUUCGGAACAACAAUUGGAAGUGUAGCAAAGUUCUUUGCAAGACAUAAAGAAAAAUAAAGCAUCAUUAGUUUUAAUAUUGCUAUUUAUUGUUAAACAAAAUGUGAUAAAUAAAAUAGAAUUUUUCAAA